AUGGAUCCCAACAACCCUAAUUUCUCUCAAAUGUCUCAACAUUUUUCUGAUUUGGGUGACGAUUUUAUAACCAAUCCCAAUUUUCAAGUUUUCCUACAAAGAUUAGGAAAUACAUCUUUGCAAAAUCCUUCACAACAACAAACACCUUCACAAUUUUCUACUGAAAACACUUACUAUGAUCAACAAACACCUCAAGCAAAUCCUACUGAAAACGCUUAUUAUGAUCAACAAAGAUCUCCUGCUUAUGAAGGUAGCAACUCUCAAUACGAUGAGAGCCAAGAAGAAAAUGUUCCAGAGACACCUCAAUACCCUGCACCACAUCCUAGAAUUCCGACCAACCAACCACUUGCUAAGGCGAGUCGCAUUUGGUCAGUUGCAGAGGAUGAAGUUCUAAUUGGGUUGUAUUUAAAAUUAAGUGAAGAUGCACUUGUUGGCACGAGCCAAAAAGCAUCUGAGCUGUGGCGAAAAGUACAUGCGGAUUAUAGUCUAGCUCAAGCGGAGAAGCCUCAUAUAUUACCGCUAAGACCGAUGAAGAGUUUGGAGACACAUUGGAGAAGAAUGGCAGCUGGUUUGCUACAGUGGAGUUCUUGCUAUGAGGAAGCUGGUAAACUUCCAGAAAUUGGAAGUGGUUAUAACGAAGCUGACCGAAUUAAAAAUUCAUAUAAGUUGUUUUAUAUAUCCACUAAUCCCCAACAUAAUUUUGCUUUUCCCCAUGGUGUUGAAAUGGUUAACAAAGACCCAAAGUGGAGGACAAAGCUUAGAUGGGGUUUAUCGAAGGAGGAAAGAAAGACAUGUGGGCCAGAUGAUGAAGAAGAUAGUAGUGGAAGUGGGAAAAGGUCCAGGGCUGAAGGUGAAAUCUCUACUCAUGGAUAUUCUUCAGAAGGUCUACCACGACCUGACGGUGUGAAAAAAACAAAGGCCAAGCGUAACAAGGGCAAAGCAGUGGUUUCUGAGAGUGCAUUUUUCAACAUUGGUGAACAAAUGAAGGCAUGUACUGAAGUUAGAGAAAAGAGGCAAAUCUACGACAACAAAAGUUAG